AAGAAGAAGAAGAAGAAGAACGGCGGCGACGACGACGACGGCUCUUAUACACAAGAAAAGCUCGCGGCGAGAAUCGCACCAGUCGUGAUCAGGAGGUGAGAAAAUGGCGAUCGAACACGAAGACGAAAUCAAGGACGAGAAGAACCCUCGCCCCCUCGACGAGGACGACAUCGCUCUCCUCAAGACCUACGGUUUGGGGCCUUACUCUACGAGCAUCAAGAAGGCAGAAAAGGAAAUUAAGGACAUGGCCAAGAAAAUUAACGAUCUCUGCGGUAUCAAAGAGUCCGACACAGGCUUGGCUGCUCCUAGUCAGUGGGAUCUGGUUUCUGAUAAACAAAUGAUGCAGGAGGAGCAGCCACUUCAGGUUGCAAGAUGCACAAAGAUAAUAAACCCAAACACAGACGAUGCCAAGUAUGUCAUAAAUGUGAAACAAAUUGCAAAGUUUGUUGUUGGACUAGGUGACAAAGUUUCCCCAACUGAUAUUGAAGAAGGCAUGCGUGUCGGGGUAGACCGGAAUAAAUAUCAAAUUCAGAUCCCCUUGCCUCCCAAGAUCGAUCCAAGUGUGACAAUGAUGACAGUGGAAGAAAAGCCAGAUGUCACAUACAAUGAUGUUGGUGGAUGUAAAGAGCAGAUUGAGAAGAUGCGUGAGGUUGUUGAACUGCCUAUGCUUCACCCUGAAAAAUUUGUCAAGCUUGGAAUUGAUCCUCCAAAGGGUGUUCUCUGCUAUGGUCCUCCUGGAACUGGUAAAACACUUUUGGCCAGAGCCGUAGCUAACAGAACUGAUGCCUGUUUCAUUCGAGUAAUUGGGAGUGAACUUGUUCAAAAAUAUGUCGGUGAAGGAGCUCGGAUGGUUCGGGAAUUGUUUCAGAUGGCUAGGUCCAAAAAGGCCUGUAUUGUGUUCUUUGAUGAAGUUGAUGCAAUCGGGGGUGCUCGUUUUGAUGAUGGAGUGGGUGGAGACAAUGAAGUACAGCGUACAAUGCUUGAGAUUGUGAACCAGCUUGAUGGCUUUGAUGCCCGUGGAAAUAUCAAAGUCCUUAUGGCUACUAACCGGCCCGAUACUUUGGAUCCAGCACUUUUACGUCCAGGACGACUGGAUCGCAAGGUUGAAUUUGGUCUUCCUGACUUGGAGAGCAGGACACAGAUAUUCAAGAUUCAUACAAGAACAAUGAAUUGCGAGAGGGAUAUCCGCUUUGAACUUUUAGCAAGGCUCUGUCCAAAUUCCACUGGAGCUGACAUAAGGAGUGUCUGCACAGAAGCAGGAAUGUACGCCAUCCGAGCUCGGAGGAAGACUGUCACAGAGAAAGAUUUCCUAGAUGCAGUGAAUAAGGUCAUUAAAGGGUACCAGAAGUUCAGUGCGACACCCAAAUAUAUGGUUUAUAACUGAUUGCUCCUUCAUUCUGUCUGAAGAGAUGAGGUGAAAUGGUAAGCAAACCAGAAGUUGCAUUGUCAUCGGGUGGAUGAACAGGUCUUUUGGUUCAUCUAGGACUAUUACUCGAUGUUAUGAGAUGCCCGACCCAGCUAUAA